AUGGCAGGUAAUCGCGGUUCCACUCGGGGAAGACCAAGCAAUGCAGAAGCAGACCUUAUCACCACUGUCGGAGGACUAGCGACGUUCGUUCAGAACAUGAGCCAGGAAUGGCGCAACUAUCAACAGCAAAAUCAGAAUCAACCCCCGCCAUUCGACAAUGCAGAAGAAAUUGCCAGGCGGAGAUUGAAGGAUUUCCGUAAUUUCCAGCCGCCUACCUUCGAAGGUGGAGAUGAUCCAGAGACUGCAGCUCGGUGGCUGCAGAUGAUUGAGCAUGUAUUCGAGCGCAUGAGAUGCCCCGAGGCUCAGAAAACCGACUACGCAUCGUAUCAGCUCAUUGGAGAAGCACUUACUUGGUGGACUAGUGCAAGAGCUCUGCUGCUAGCUCAGAACGUUGAACUGACAUGGGCCGUGUUCAGACGAGUUUUCCUGGACAAGUAUUUUCCUCAGGCCAUGAGAAGGAUGAAAUACUCCGAGAUGUUGGCACUGCGUCAGGACAACAUGACGGUUACCGAAUAUAUCUCUAAGUUCGGGCAACUAAUGGAGUACGCCAACUUCGACCGCAACAUUUAUGAUGAGCCAUGGCAGGUGGAAAAAUAUGAGAGCGGGUUACAUCCAGAGAUCCGCAAGCUCAUGUUGACCACUGCAAACCGGUCAUUGCCAGAAGUAAUUAACCAGAGUAGGCAGGCGGAAGCAAUCAUCAAUGAGGCCCAGAACCUGAAUAAGCAACCAACCCAGUCUCAGGGAGGAAGCAAAGUUGGCCGAUUCUUCAAGAAGAUUACCGGAAUGGGUAAAGGCAAGAAUCCUCAGAUGCAAGCUCGAGCCGGAAAUUUCAAGAAGAACAAUGCUCCUGGUCAGACAUCUUCUGGAAGACAGAAUUAUGCUUGCCCUACUUGCGGGAAGAAUCACACUGGAGUUUGUCGUCGACCAAAUAACUUGUGCUAUGCUUGUGGACAGUCAGAACAUUUUGUUUCCGAUUGCCCGCAGAAUCCUAACAGGAAUUCUACUCAAGCUCGGGUAUUCACCCUAGAUGCCAAUGAAGCUCAAAAAUAUCCGAACCUGAUCAAAGGUAACAUGAUUUUAUGGCAAAACACACCGCUCUAA